CCCAUCAUCUCUUUCAAUAGAGAGAGAGAGAGAAAAGGAAGAUUAAUAUCUUCUCUUACUUAUUGCAAAUUUAGUGAUCAGAUCAGAAAGAAGUCCAAAGUUUUCCACAAAGGGCAUCUAGAUAGAGAGGGAAAAGUAAUCCAAAGAGAAAUACAACACAUGAAAUAAGGAUUAAUUUUGAAUUUGGGUUUUUUAUUCACUGAAAAAAAAAAAGAUGAAUCGUGGAGUCUUGCAGAGUCCACCGGCGGCGGUGCAGCAGACUAUGGUCUCCGGCGGAAACCCUAGCUAUUGGUGGAACAAUACCAAUAAUAUGAUCAUGACUCGACCUAACCCACCUUCCAAUACUACUACUACUACUUCCCUUCUUCCUCAGCUGCCUUCUUCAAGCUUUUUCCCAGCUCACUUCUUGCACGCGCCGCCACCGCCGCCGUCGACAACCGUUUCUUCUUCCUCUUCUUCUUCUACUUCAACUUGGCAUGGAGAAUACAACUUCAACCAGGAGCUUCAAUCUGCAGAGUCAUGGAGCCAACUUCUCAUGGAUGGGAUUAUGGGAGAACAUGAAGAAGAUAAAUGUGAGUCUGAAUUAGGCAAGAAACUUGAGAAUUGGGAAAAACAUCAUCACCAUGUGUUGAACCAAGCUGAAGAUCAUAAUCAUCAUCAUCAUCAUCUUCCUUUGGUCAAGGAAAUAAAGCAAGAGAAGCUAGGAAAUUAUAAUAACUCAGUGUAUGGGCAUGGAGCUGGAGCUGGAAGUGUGGUUCAUCAUCAUCAUGAUCAUGAUCAGUUUCAGCAGCCAGCCGCUGCUAAUAAUAAUUGGUCGAUGCAGAUGAUGUCUCCAAAGUCUAAUUGUGUUAGCAACUCCUUGAUCAGCAAUAUUAACAAUAACAUGUUGAAUUUCUCUACCAACAAAUUAGCCAUCGACUUUCCCAAACAUCCUCCGCCAGAUCGCUCUUCAGAGUGUAACAGCAGUACAACAGGCACAGGCACGGGUGGGGCAGUUAAAAAAGCUAGGGUUCAGCCUUGUACAACUCAGGGCCAGGCCACGUUCAAGGUGAGGAAGGAGAAGUUAGGUGAUAGAAUAACAACUCUUCACCAGAUAGUCUCCCCAUUUGGGAAGACUGACACAGCUUCUGUCCUGUUAGAAGCUAUUGGUUAUAUUAGAUUCCUUCAGAGUCAAGUUGAGGCCCUAAGCUUGCCUUACUUGGGCGGUGGAGCAGGAAACAUCAGCCACCAACAGCCUGUCCAAGGGGAAAGAAACUGUCUGUUUCCUGAUGAUCCUGGUCAGCUGCUAAAUGACCACUGCAUAAAGAGAAAAGGAACAUCUGAUCAUCAUCAGCUGCAGGAUUGUCAUGAUGAAGAGCAAAAGAAAGAUCUGAGGAGCAGGGGUCUGUGUCUGGUUCCAAUAUCAUGCACAAUGCAAGUCGAGACCAGCAUUAAUGGUGCGGACUAUUGGACCCCAGCCAUCGGGGGAGGUUUCAGAUAGAGAAACCUCUAGCUAACUAGAUGUUCGACUGUACGUUUUUUUUUCCUAUUUGGGUGUCGCGGCAAUAUUGUAUGUAGCUAGCUAGAUAUAGAUUGGUUUCGUCAAGAAAAAUAUAUAAUAUCAUGAGCAGUCACUCUGCUGGGAAAAAGAAAAAAAAAUUAGUUGUUUUCUUUUGUUAAGGCUGACUGCUCUUGAUACUAUAUGCAUGGUUCUUGGUGGGAACAAUUGUGUGUUGUAAUAUUAUUUAUGUUGUUGUAUGUGCUUUGGGGCUGAUGAAAGGCCAUAAAACUUUCCUAAUUUACCUUUGUCUUAAUCAUGUUAUUUC